UGCCAUCCAUUCCCUUUUCCUUUUGCAUUGCACCGCGUGUACUAGCUACGCAUCGCAAUCGCAUUUAAAUUUAAUUUUUUAUUGUGAAAAGAAGUAAAUUUUCGAAUCAAAAUGAGUUUGUACAACUUCAAAAAGAUUAUGGUGGUUCCGCCAGCAAAGGACUUCAUCGAUAUUAUGCUAUCGAAGACACAGCGUAAGACACCAACUGUUGUGCACAAAGGUUAUAAGAUUUCGCGUAUUCGUGCCUUCUACACUCGCAAAGUCAAGUACACACAACAGAACUUCCACGAUCGUCUGUCACAGAUCAUACAAGAUUUUCCUAAACUAGAUGAUGUGCAUCCAUUCUACGCUGAUUUAAUGAAUGUGCUAUACGAUAAGGACCAUUACAAAUUGGCUUUGGGUCAGCUGAACACAGCCAGGCAUUUAAUUGACAAUGUUGCCAAAGAUUAUGUUCGCCUGUUGAAAUAUGGUGAUUCGCUUUAUCGUUGCAAACAGCUGAAAAAAGCAGCGCUUGGUCGCAUGGCCACCAUUUUAAAGAAGCAAGCUUCUAACCUUACAUAUUUGGAGCAAGUGCGUCAACAUUUGUCACGUUUGCCUACUAUUGAUCCCUACUCGCGUACGAUUAUCAUUUGUGGUUUCCCAAAUGUGGGCAAGUCGUCGUUCAUCAAUAAAAUCACACGCGCUGAUGUGGAAGUGCAGCCAUAUGCCUUCACCACCAAGUCACUAUAUGUGGGACACACUGACUAUAAGUAUUUGCGCUGGCAGGUUAUCGACACACCCGGUAUAUUAGAUCAUCCGCUGGAGGAACGUAAUGUCAUUGAAAUGCAAGCCAUUACUGCUUUGGCGCAUUUGCGUUCUUGUGUGCUUUACUUCAUGGAUAUCUCCGAACAGUGCGGUCACUCAAUAGAAGAACAAGUCAAGUUAUUCGAGAGCAUCAAACCGCUAUUCACAAACAAGCCUUUGAUUUUGGCCAUUAACAAAAUCGAUAUUAUUGGACUUGAGGAUUUGUCGGACGACCGUCGUGAGAUUAUCACGAAAUUGCAAGAAGAUAAAAAUGUGCCAGUAAUGUUCACAUCCACAGUCAGUGAAGAAGGUGUGAUGGAAGUAAAAACGGAAGCUUGUGAACGUCUGCUUUCGUACCGCGUCGAACAAAAGAUGCGCACAAAGAAGGUAGAUAACAUACUAAAUCGUCUGCAUGUCGCAGUGCCGAAACCGCGUGAUGAGAAGGAACGUGAACCAUGCAUACCCGAGCAAGCGUUGGCGCGUCUCGAAAAGAACGCAGAGAAAGCUGAACGCAAACGCAAACUUGAGCGUGAUAUCGAAGACGAAAUGGGUGAUGAUUACACAUUAGAUCUGCAAAAGAACUACACCGAAAUACCCGAAGAGGAGCGCUACGAUGUUAUACCCGAAAUUUGGGAUGGCCACAAUAUUGCCGACUACAUUGAUCCCGAUAUCUUCUCCAAAUUGGAAGAACUCGAACGUGAGGAGGGUAUGCGUGAAGAAGGCGGUGUUUACACUCUGCCUGAUAUGACCAUGGAUGAAACACUCAAGGAGAUCCGCGAAAUGGCGAAACAAAUACGCGGCAAACGCUUCCAACUGCGCGACGACCGUCGUCUGGCAUCGAAGAAGAACAAGCCAGCAAUUCCACGUCACAAGCAACCCAAGGUGCGUGAUCGUUCGGUGGCUAAAUUGCGCGAGACCAUGCAGAAUCUGGGUGUCGAUAUGUCUGGCACCGAGAACGCGAACUUCACAAAAUCUGUUGUUGAUCUGCGCCGCAGUGUGGUGCCAGUGGGUGUCAAGGUGAAUAAACCACUACCAGACAAAGAGCAGUCUGCGGUUGUGAAGCGCACAGGACUGCCAUUGAAACGUGCGCCAUCGCGUGAUACAUUGGGCGUCAAAAAUGUGGCGAUGAAGAAGAAGGCGCAAUUGAUGGCGAAACGCGACAUUGCCAAGAAGGUGACACGACUGGGAUUGAAGGGCGAAGCCGAUCGUUUCAUCGGCACCAAGAUGCCCAAGCAUUUGUACUCUGGCAAACGUGGUACGGGCAAAACGGACAGACGUUAAGCGUCAUGUAGCAAAUGGACCUUGGGGCUGCUUUGGGGUGGGCAAAAUAUUGAAACCUUUAGCUUUUAUUUUUUUGAAUUGUAACGAACUCAAACUCAAUAAUGUACAUUAUUACAUUGUGUGCUAUGAAACAAUUUGUGUAUUUAACAAAUAAAUAUGUGAAUUUGAAUUGCAUUUCAUAACAAAAACAAA